UGAAUGGCAUCCAUGUGCCUUGUACGCUAGAGGAAUGCAGAAACGGACAAGCUAUUUGGAGCUAUUCUUUUAAUACUAGUCUUAACAGUAGAAUAGAUCUGUGCACCAAGAUUUAAAGCGGGGAUUGGCUUGGAACUGUCAAAAGCGUCUUAUAUGAACUUGAAGAUGGCUGAUUCUUCUAGUGGUGAGAUGAAGAGAGGAGCUUGGACUGCCCAAGAGGAUGAGUUGCUGCUUAAUUACAUGGCAAGCCAUGGAAUGGAUGCAGGUGGCUGGACAACUCUCCCAAUUAAAGCAGGUUUGAGGAGGAGUGGGAAAAGCUGCAGGUUCAGGUGGAUGAAUCACCUGAAACCCAACAUAAACCAUGGCAAUAUAUCUCCGGAUGAAAAAGAGCUUAUAAUCAGACUUCACCGCCUUCUUGGCAAUAGAUGGUCGUUGAUAGCAGGGAGAUUACCUGGUCGAACAGAUAACCAGAUAAAGAAUUACUGGAACACUCAUUUGAGCACUAAAAACUCAUCCAAACAGUUGGAUCAGAAAAACUGUGAAUAUAGGAAGCCCGAGAAACAAGCCAAACAUUGUUGUGAGAUCCCAUCAGGAACAAAAGAAUCCAUGGCCCAAAACUCUGAGCAGUAUCCAUACAUUUUCCCCAGAGAAUAUCCAUGUACUUCUGCUCCUGCUGCUAUUUCUCUAUUCCCUGAACUCGAUCUGAGUUUUCCAGAUCUUGACUGGUUCUGCAACUCGAAUUUGGAUAGCCCCAUUAUCGACUUUCCUGAUCCCAAUUAUUCAUGUGCAUUUUCUAAUGAGUUGGGCUUCUUAUUGCCUGAAGAGAAUAAGUUUCAUGGGAACAACUCAUGCUGAUUAUUUGUUGACAAUAAAAUACAAUGUACCAUAGUACUGAGCUUUGCUUGAAGUAAGUUGCAGUCAAGAACAUGGUCUGCAACAAUAUAUCAGAUUCUUGAUGCAUUAGUAGAUCACAAUGAGAGAGAGAACACAUUCAUGUAACCUACUCUGAUAACAUUAAAGAUGUUUAGUUUAUCAUCUCAAAGCUGGAUGUCGCAUUUCAUUGUUGUCCAUUCAAUAAAGGUGUUUGUCUCAUUUGAG